AUGGUUAACUAUAUUUCAAAGCCGGCCUACCAAGCCGCUAAACAUGUUGGAAUUAUCAACGGUCACAACUUGAGAGCUUAUGCAGGUCCUCUUGCAUUUUGGGGUGUUGCUACAGUCUUCACUAUUGGUGUUUAUACUGAGGCAUGGCCAAGAUUCCGUAGUGCUUUCUACAAAAAGAUUCCGGUGCUAGGUAAGCACUGGCAGAAAGUCACCGACCCAGAAGAUGUGCCGGUUUAA